AUGGGUGCGUCCACGUGCCCGUCGACUGGCCAAUGCAGGACAGAGUACUCGCCAAAGGUCUCAACAUGGCUUGAUCAUAGCCACUUGGCAGAGGAAGGGAAAGUGACAAAUUGGAAAAGGCAGUACCGAUUGCGACACAAUUGGUCACGCGGACUAUGUCGAGUCACUGAAGUCGAGUUUCCCCAACCCACAUCUCCUCCCGCAUUGGUCAAGCUUUGUGCUGGUAAUGUCUUCACGGCAGAUGCUCCCCACGGGCUUCGGGCAUGGGCUGCUAAAGACCCAGCGAGCUGUCUAGCAAACAUCCCCUUUCCAGUUGCACAAGAGAAGCCUAGCAUGCUUCCAACAGCAUUGGUAGUGAGCCACCAGCAGAGCCAAUCGGAGAUUGUGGUGGGCUUCGAGAGUGGUCUUUUCAAUCGCUAUAUUUUUGAUGUCCAAACAUCCCAGUUGAUCUUACGAUCCUCCCAUGUCGGACUCUGCGACGGAGCCAUCACUGCUAUGGCUCUUUCUUCGCCAUAUCUCCUGAUUGUCUCCCAGCACAGGAAUUUGUCGUUAUACAAUCUCGGGGAUCAAUCUCACGAACUUGAGACAAUUGUUGAUAUCACUCGACCACAUGAGCUUGCAUCACUGAAAGCGGACAAUAUGGUCGCGCCAAUGACACUGUCUCUCCGAGCCUCAGCUUCGGAGAUUGUGGCCACCGUUGUGUAUAGCUUCUUUCAUAUUGGUUGUGGGUGGUCACAAGGGAUUCAAGAACUGCGUUUCGAUAAAGACGGUCAACAGCUCGACUGCCGUAUUGCCAGUACGGUUGAUUCGCAAUAUGGAAUGAGACCGCUCCAAGGUCUAUCGCCAUCACUGAUGCGACGACAUUCGGCCACCGUCGAGACCGUCGACAACGAAGAUUCGGCCCCCGUCGUUCCCUCCAUAUUGCAUCGACAGCCACCAACAUCAAUGUCGUACUCCCAUCCGUAUUUGCUGACAUCCCAUGCGGAUAACACGCUGACCAUGUAUCUUGUCGUCUCCGACCUGGAAUCACUUUUCGUCCGCGGAGGGCAGCGUCUCUGGGGCCACACUUCAUCUGUAUCUGCCGUACAAGUGACCAAUCGCGGCAAAGCUGUGUCAGUGACUUCCCGCGGAGACGAAAUCCGCAUAUGGGAACUUGAGACAGCCGUUUCUUCGUUGGGCAGCCGCAGGCCCUGGAAGGAUGAGAAUAGCAUCCAAGUCAGCCCCGGGAACAAACGGCGAAUGGAAUCGGUGUCAGCUCCCAUGCCGAAAAGUAUCCAACGGGAUUUGGACGGACUCGGGAUGGUCCCUAGUGUCCCACAGGAGAUGUCGCGGAUGCAUGAAUGCGUUGGAUUUGAUGAAGAGCGAGUUCUUCUUCUCCGAGAAAAGCAACUUGGCACCCAGCUGCUGGAAUGUUAUGAUUUCACAUAG